GUUCUUCCGGCGCAGAACAGAGUCUGCGCUGACGUUACUGCAGCUGCUCCGGGUCCUGGAGGCAGAAGGCGGGGCGGACAAAAGGGAAAGCGGGGCAGGAGAAGGCUGCGUAGGCCGCUUUGCACCGGCCCGGGCCCCUUCUGCCGCGUGGCCGCGCUUGCUAGAUUUGGGGACAUUAAAAAAGGUGAGAAUGCACCAUGGCAAUGGUCCUCCAAGUGCUCAACGCCAGCUGCAAAGAUCCCGCUCCUUCACUGGCAGUGAGAGUGAAGAUCAGCAGGCAAAUCUUCCACAGUCCCCAGCACCUUCAUUUGCUCCUUCUGCAAGCCCAUCUGCACCACAGUCUCCUGGCUACCAAAUCCAGCAGUUUAUCAUGAGCAGAAGCCCCGUAGCUGGGCAGAAUGUGAACAUUACUUUGCAAAAUGUUGGCUCAGUUGCUGCAGGAAACCAGCAGAUUACACUUACUCCAUUGCCAAUCCCUAGUCCAACAUCCCCAAGUUUCCAGUUCAGCCCUCAGCAAAGAAGGUUUGAGCAUGGAUCACCAUCCUACAUACAGGUUACUUCACCAUUGGCACCACAGGUUCAAUCUCAAAGUCCCACGCAGCCUAGCCCUGUGCCAGUACAGUCCAUAUCAAAUGUUCGGGCAAGUGCUUCAGGGCCUGGCUUGGGGAUGUGUAGCCAGAGCCCAACGCGAGGCUUUGUUGAUGCAAGUGUGCUUGUGCGACAAAUCAGCUUGAGCCCUCCUAAUAGCGGACACUUUGUGUAUCAAGAAGGUUCUAGCAUUGCCCAGAUUUCUCAGGGCACCACAGCUCAGGUUCAGCUUUCAUCUUCUGGAGUAUCUGGUACGGGUAGAGAACGCAGGCUGUCGCAGCCCCAUUCGCAAACCGGCGGCACCAUCCACCAUCUUGGACCACAGAGCCCUGUAGCUAGCGGAGCCAAUAUCCAACCUUUGUCUAGUCCUGGUCACAUUGCAACAAAUAACCUGCCGCCACAAAUCAGCAAUAUAAUCCAAGGCAUGCAGCAGCAGCAGCAGGUGCUCCAAGGGCAGCAACUGAGCAGACCUCUAGGAUAUGAUAGGACUUCUGGUGGGCUAAUAGCUGGGGUUGGAGGCACUUCUGCUUUUGGAAUGACAUCCCCACCACCACCACCUACAAGUCCUUCUCGAGCUAGUGUAACACAAGGGCUGACCAGCCUUCCUCUUCCUCCAUCAGUCUGUGCUGUGGUAAAAAAACAAAAGAAACUGGAGGAGAUUCCCCCGGCUACUCAAGAAGCUGCUCAGAUGAGAAAACAGUGUUUGGAGCACCAUCUCAAGCAAAUGGAGAUUUUGAAGGAUGUUUUCAAAGAGUAUUUGAUCGAGCUAUUUUUCUUGCAACACCUUCAAGGAAAUAUGAUGGAUUUCUUAGCUUUUAAGAAGAAGCAUUGUGUGCCAUUGCAAACAUAUCUUCGGCAAAAUGACUUGGAUCUGGAUGAGGAAGAGGAAGAGGAGCAGUCUGAGGUUAUCAAUGAUGAGGUAAAGGUUGUGACAGGAAAGGAUGGGCAGACUGGUACUCCUGUUGCUAUAGCAACCCAGCUUCCUCCAAAUGUUUCUGCUGCUUUUUCAUCUCAGCAGCAACCAUUUCAGCAGGUGCAUUCAGGGACUCCAGUAACAGGAACUGUGAAUACCAUAGAAAUUGAAGCUUUUAAGAGACAGCAAGCACUUACUUCAGCAGAUUCGUCUAAGAGACCCCGAAUUGAAGUGAGCCGUCAUGGGAUGGUUUUUCAGCAUCCAGGUGUGGCUUCAGGAGUCCCUCUUCAACAGCUCAUGCCAACAGCACAAGGUGGAAUGCCUCCCACCCCACAAGCAGUACAGCUCACAGGACAGAAGCAGAACCAGCAGCAGUAUGAUCCCUCAAAAGGACCUCCAGUUCAAAAUGCAGCAAGUCUACACACACCUCCACCUCAGUUGCCUGGGAGGCUGCAGCCGACCAACAUUCCCAUCACGUCUCUGCCAGCAGCAUUGCAGCUCACACAACCACCACCACAGAUCACAGAUGCUCCAGUACAACCUCCAGUUCAUGUGAAGGCCCAGUCUCAUAGUGUUGCUGCUUCUGUACCACAUGGCCAGGUACAAGUACCACUUCAGCCACAGGUUCAACCAGCGGUGCACGUACAAAGCCAGAUAACAACACAGAUAUCCCAGCCACAAGCUUCAGCACAGCAGCAGGCUGUGACCCUAGUGCGAGCAUCAUCAGAUUCUGUCCAAAAUUCCCAGCGUCCUCCAGCAAGUGUGCUUCCUCCUGCUACAUCCAACCCACCUGCGGCCAUUACCAGUACAGCACCACAGACCACAUACCCAGUACAGACCACCCGAACUUCUCCUGCAACAAAUAAAUCAACAUCUCCUAUUGCCUCCAAACCCCCAGGCUUGGCAGUGACAGCAGCAACAAAAGCUCAGAGUCCAGCUCAGAAUGCAGCGGUUAUGCCCCAAGACAGUUCCCAAGAGAAGCUGGCAGAACAAAUUAAGCUGGAAAACCAAGUCCAUCAACGAAUAGCAGAGCUGAGGAAGGAAGGUUUGUGGUCUCUGAGACGGUUGCCCAAACUUCAAGAAGCGCCCAGACCCAAAUCUCAGUGGGAUUAUCUCCUGGAGGAAAUGCAGUGGAUGGCAACAGAUUUUGCUCAAGAAAGGAGAUGGAAAAUGGCCACUGCUAAGAAGAUGAUCCGGACUGUGGCUCGCUACCAUGAAGAAAAGAAGCUUAAUGAAGAAAGGGCCAAGAAGGAGGAACAGAACAAGCUGAGGCGCAUUGCAGCAAUGAUUGCGAGAGAAAUAGAAUAUUUCUGGUCAAAUAUUGAACAGGUUGUGGAAAUAAAACUGCAGAUUGAAUUUCAAGAGAAAAGGAAAAAAGCAUUGAAUUUAAAGAGACAUUCGAAGAGAGGUAAAUAUAUAAGACAUAUAGAAGAUAGUCUGCUGGAAAAAGAAGCAGAUCUGGGUUCAUGGUCAUCUGGAAGAAAGAGAAAGGCAAGCACAUCAUUGACAGAUGAUGAAGUUGAAGAUGAAGAGGAAACCAUUGAGGAGCAAGAGGCUAAAGAAGGCAAUGUAAACCAUCAAACUGAACUGUCUACUUUGGCCAAGGAAGCUGAGCUGCCUUUGGAUGAUUUGAUGAAGAUGUAUGAAGGUGCCUUUGCUGAAACUUUGCACUGGCCACAACUGAAAUCUGAAGAAGAUACCAGUGAAGAAGAAAUGGAAGACCACAUAGCAGAAAGAGAAGUCCUUCAAAAGGAGGUUAUUCUUAUAGACUCUCUCCUCAGCAUUGAUCAGUAUAAGGGUGCUGAGAGAGCAGUGCCUACAAAGAAGCAUGGGAAAGACAUAGCAGAAGUGGCAGCUACAGCAGAAGCACUCUUGCCAAAAGGCAGUGCCCGGAUCACAACUGCAGUUAAAUACAACACUCCACCUCUCUUGUAUGGCUCACUCCGAGAGUAUCAGAAGAUUGGCUUAGACUGGCUAGCCAAACUGUACAAGAAGAAUCUCAAUGGUAUUUUGGCAGAUGAGGCUGGGCUUGGAAAAACAGUGCAGGUCAUUGCCUUUUUUGCACACCUUGCCUGUAAUGAGGGUGAUUGGGGUCCUCACCUUGUUGUCGUCCGAAGUUGUAAUAUACUUAAAUGGGAGCUUGAACUGAAGCGUUGGUGUCCUGGGCUGAAAAUCCUGCUCUAUAUUGGCAGCCAGAAAGAACUCAGAGCAAAAAGACAGGAGUGGAUAGAAGCCAAUAGUUUCAAUGUGUGUAUCACAUCCUAUAAGCAGCUCUUCAAAGGACACCAUGCAUUCAUGAAGAUGGAGUGGAAGUACCUUGUUGUUGAUGAGAUGCAGCAGAUUAAAAACAUGACAGAGAAGCACUGGGAAGCACUUUUCAGUCUCCACAGCCAGCACCACUUGCUCCUCAUUGACACACCUCUGCAUAAUACCUUGAUGGAGCUAUGGACCAUGGUGCACUUCCUGAUUCCAGGAAUCUCUAAAUCGUACCUGGAUUUCCCAGUGAAAGCAGCCAAUGAGGAAAAUCAGGAUUACUGUCAUAAACUAGUGAUCAGAUUACACCGAAUGAUCCAGCCAUUUAUUUUGCGCAGAUCAAAACGAGAUGUUGAAAAGCAGUUGACAAAGAAAUAUGAACAUGUACUCAAAUGUCGGCUUUCAAAUAGACAAAAAGUGAUGUAUGAAGAUGUUAUACUGCAGCCAGGAACCCAAGAUGCUCUCAAAAGUGGACAUUUUGUUAGUGUUCUUCAUGUUUUGAUGCAGCUGCAAAAGAUCUGUAACCAUCCUGAUCUCAUAAGCCCGCGGUUCUCCAGUUCUUCCUAUGUCACAGAGUCACUGCAGUAUAUAACUAUUUCACUGAUAUUAAAAGCACUUGAACAUAAUCUUUGGAAGGUUACAGACUUGAGUCUCUUUGAUUUGAUCGGACUUGAGAAUAAGAUGACUCGCUAUGAGGUGCAAGUGCUGCCAAGGCAAAAAGUGACCAGAAAGCUUAUUGAAGAAAUCUAUACCUCUCCUCCACCUCCCCCAAGACCUAAUCCAAUAAAGCUGAAGCCAAGCAGAUUAUUCCAACCUGUUCAGUAUGGACAAAAACCUGAAGGCAGGACUGCAACUUUCCCCAGUGUUCAAGUGCAACGCCCAGCAACCACAGCUACAGUUGCCCAACAGGGACAGGUGCGAGGAAGAUCACCUAUGACUACAGUAUCUGCAAAUCAAGCCGCCGCCGUAUCCUCCUCCGCAGCAUCACAGUUUCAGACAACUCAGGCUUCCAUCAAUGUUCCUUCGAGACAGCAUCCAGCAGUGACCUUCACCACAGCAACUAGCCCAGCCAAUCCUGCAAAACAGCGGGCUCAGACCACUGCACAGGCGUUACAGAUAGGCCAGGCUCAGCCACAGGCCCCCCCACACACCAUUCAACAGAAUGUGCUGCCUCAGAGGCUGGUAUUAACCUCUCAGGCUCAGGCACGGUUGCCUAGUGGUGAAGUGGUCAAAAUAGCCCAGCUGGCUUCCAUUGCAGGAGCACAGGGCAGAAUUGCUCAGCCAGAGACUCCUGUGACACUGCAGUUUCAGGGCAACAAAUUUACUUUGUCUCAUAGUCAACUUCGCCAGCUCACUGCAGGACAGCCCCUGCAGCUGCAAGGCAGUGUCCUGCAGAUUGUUUCAGCUCCUGGCCAACAGUACUUACGGCCUCAGGGCCCAGUGGUCAUGCAGACGAUGUCUCAGGCUGGAACUGUUCAAAAUGCUCUGAACACUUUAGGAAAUCAACAUCCAGCCAGUUUGCCAGCUUCAGCAGUUACACAGCAAGCAUAUGUUCCAGGUAGAACAAUGGGUACUAAUUUAGCUUCGGGAGACUCAGCUUCAUCUUUAAAACCUGGCCUUAUGCAUGGAGGACAUUUACAGGAGACUUAUGAAGAAAAAAACAGACUUCUAAAGGAGCGUCUGGACAGAAUCUUCUUUUGCAAUGAGCGUCGCUGUUCCCGAGCUCCAGUUUAUGGUGCAGAUCUCCUUAGACUUUGUUCUCUGGUGGGUGACAGAAAGAUGCCUCCUCAGUUUUCCACAACAGUCAACAAAUGGAGAUGGGCAGGCUUUGCCAACUGUUGCCUCUUAUACAAUGCCUCCCGGGACCAUAGUGAUCCACUGCAAGGGCUGAAGUGGACGCUGGAGCAGCAGCAGGACUCUCUGAGAGAUAUUGUUAAUAGGGUGCUCUGUAUUCUGCCAUCUGCCGUGGCUGCUCCUCCGUCUUUGCAUGUGGCAAGGCUUCCCCCAUUGUAUAACCAUAAAAUGAAACAACUUAGGCAUCAUCUGAGAGAAAAGGCAGCUCCUUUCCUGCGACAGCUACAGCAGCUCACCACUCCACAGUUGCUUCAGUUUCCUGACCUCCGAUUGGUGCAGUAUGAUGCAGGAAAGUUGGAAGCCCUGGCAGUCUUGCUUCAGAAGCUGAAGUCGGAAGGACGCCGGGUACUGAUAUUGUCCCAGAUGAUUCUCAUGUUGGACAUCUUGGAGCAUUUCUUGAAUUUUCAUUUCCUCACCUAUGUGAGGAUUGACGAGUGUGCAAAUCAGGAAGAGCGCCAGGAGUUGAUGAAGACCUUCAACAGAGACAAGCGCAUCUUCUGUGCAAUCCUUUCUUCACACAGUCGCUCCACAGGGGUCAACCUUGUUGAGGCUGACACUGUUGUGUUUUAUGACAAUGAUUUAAAUCCUGUGAUGGAUGCAAAGGCUCAAGAAUGGUGUGACAGGAUUGGCCGGUGCAAGGACAUUCACAUCUACAGGCUUGUCAGUGGAAACUCAGUAGAAGAGAAGCUUUUAAAAAACGGCACCAAGGAUCUGAUCCGAGAAGUAGCAGCUCAGGGAAAUGAUUAUUCUUUGGCCUUUUUGACACAGCAAACGAUUCAGGAACUCUUUGAGGUCCAUUCUCCAAUGGAGGAUUCUGGCUUCCGAGUGAAAGCAGAAGAGUUUGUGAUGCUUUCACAAGAGCCAUCUCCAGCAGAAACCAUUUCUCCCAAAGUUGCACGUCCCUUUAUAGAGGCUCUCAAAAGUAUAGAGCGAGAGGAGGAAGAGGAGUUCAAUACACGUGUUCUGGACACAGGAACUGAAUUGACACUGGAACCGUUCGUUUUGGAACUUGGCAAAUCCCAGUAUCUUGAUGAGCCUUCUCAGCUGCAAGAGUUGGUUGCUGUUGUUGAUCAGCUCACCCCGAUUGAAAAGUAUGCUUUGAAUUACUUGGAGCUCUUCCAUAUUUCCACGGAUGAAAGUGAACUCAAAGAAAAUGAGGUGGAAGAGACAGCUGCAAAAACGUUGUGGGAGACUCAUCAUCUGAAGGAAGUGAAAGAACAAAAGGAGAAAAUGCUUUGGGAUGAGGAGGAGGAGGAGCAGCUCCUCACCUAUACCCGGGAAGAUGCGUACAACAAAGAAUAUAUUUAUGAGGGCCCAGAAGGACAAACUGAAAUCAUGCCGCUCUGGACCCCCCCAACCCCACCACAGGAUGACAAUGACAUUUAUAUCGACUCUGUCAUGUGCCUGAUGUAUGAGACCACCCCAAUUCCAGAGUCCAAACUGCCACCUGUGUAUGUCAGGAAGGAGCGUAAACGUCACCGAACAGAUCCAUCUGCUGCAGGAAGGAAGAAAAAGCAACGUCAUGGAGAGACAGUCAUUCCUCCCCGGUCGCUCUUUGAUCGAGCCACCCCAGGGAUGUUGAAAAUGCGAAGAGAGGGCAAAGAGCAGAAGAAGAACAUCCUGCUGAAGCAGCAGACACAGUUUGCCAAGCCAUUGCCCACACUUGUAAAGCCAGCUACAGAGGUGGGCCAGGAUAAUCCUGAAUGGCUCAUCAGUGAGGACUGGGCCCUUCUUCAGGCAGUUAAACAGUUGCUGGAGCUCCCUCUCAACCUUGCUGUUGUAUCUCCAGCUCAUACCCCAAACUGGGAUCUUGUCAGCGAUGUGGUGAACUCAUGCAGUCGGGUUUAUCGUUCUCCAAAACAGUGCCGCAAUCGUUAUGAAAAUGUUGUCAUACCAAGGGAGGAAGGGAAGCUUAUGUAUGAAGCGAACCCUAAGAAGAAGACAAAAAGCAUUUAUAAGACAUUUAAUGAAUUAAUCCAUGCAACGCCCCAUCAGACUAAGAACAGUCGUCCACUUCGAACCAAUCAGCUCUAUGCCCAAGAUGAGGGUGCGACACACACCCAGCUCUACACUAAUCAUUUUGAAAUUAUGAAAAUGAUUGCUGGGAAGAGAAGCCCACCCAUCAAACCCUUACUUGGUAUGAAUCCUUUUCAGAAGAAUCCAAAGCAUACCUCAGUACUUGCAGAAAGUGGUAUCAACUAUGAUAAACCACUUCCCCCAAUUCAAGUGGCCUCUCUCCGUGCAGAGCGUAUUGCAAAGGAGAAAAAGGCUUUGGCUGAGCAGCAACGGGCCCAGCAGCAAGCAGGACCACAGCAGCAACAGCAAGCAGGCCAACAGCAAGUACAGCAAGCAGCAGUGCAGCAAGCCCAGCCUCAGCCCCAAGGUCAAGCUCCGGUUGUCCAACAGCCCCAGGCUGUAGUGCAAACAGCUGUCACCACUGUGGCAAAUACUGCAGUACUGGCGGGCACAAUGAAAAAUUCAGCAACUGGGACAAGCAUACAAACAGCCACAGUGACCGGGAAUGUUAUUGUGAACACCGUGGCUGGAGUUCCAGCAACUACCUUUCAACCCAUCAACAAACGUUUGGCUUCACCUGUUAUACCCGGAACACUAACAACAUCCGGUGGGACUGCUGCAGCUCAGGUGGUACAUACCCAACAGAGAGCAGCUACUGUGCCUGCUGCAUCUGCAGAACUGGUGACAAUUACAUCUACUCCUGGAGUUCGAGCUGUGACAUCUGUGACGGCAUCAGCUGUUGUCACCACCAAUUUGACUCCAGUCCAGACCCAAGCUAGAUCCUUGGUCACACAGGUCACACCAGCAGCUCCGGCCGGUGUACAGCUUUCAGGAAAGACAAUCACCCCAGCUCACUUCCAGCUCCUGAGGCAGCAGCAACAGCAGCAACAGCAGGCAGCAGGUCAAGUCCAAGUACCCCAGAUCCAGGCCCAGGCCCAGGCCCCAGCCCAGAUUAAAGCUGUAGGCAAAUUAUCCCAGGAGCAGCUAAUCAAAUUACAAAAGCAGAAGUUGCAGCUUCCACAACAGCAGGCACCCCAGCAGCAGGCACAGUCUGGAGCCCAGCAACAAACAAGUCAGGUUCAGGUGCAGCAGCAGCAGCAGCAAGCCCAGCAGCUCUCAGCUGUUGCAACCCCAAGGCCAGGGGCAGUCCUCACUGGUACCACUGUCACAAACCUCCAGGUUGCUCGCCUCACUCGUGUUGCUGCUUCCCAGCUUCAAGCGCAAGGUCAGAUCCAGGCCCAAACUCCGCAGGCAGCCCAGGUGGCUUUGGCAAAACCUCCGGUGGUGUCUGUUCCAGCUGCUGUAGUAUCGUCAGCAGGAGUUACCACGCUUCCUGUUACUGUCGCUGGGAUUAGUGUUGCUAUUGGGCAGCCACAGAAAGCAUCAGGAGGGCAAACAGUGGUCACCCAGAUGCAGCACUUGUUGAAGCUGAAGCAACAUCAUCCAGCAGCCCAGCAACAGAAAGCCAUCCAGCCUCAGGUUGCCCAAGGACAAACUGCUGUUCAGCAGAAGAUAAAUGCCCAGCAGGUUACCGUUCAGGCUCAACAGCAGACGUCACAGCAACAGAAAGUCUAUGCUGCACAGCCAGCCCUUAAAGCACAGUUCCUACCAACGUCCAUUUCUCAGGCCCAGAAACCUGGGGGAACACAACAAGUCCAGACUCAAAUACAGGUACAGGUUGCAAAGAUUCCACAAGUGGUCUCACAGCAGGCAGCAGUGGCCAAUAUUCAGCAGGUGGUUUCAGUUUCCCAGCAGGUUCAAGCCCAACCACAGACUGUGACUUUGUCCCAGACGACUGCAGGCCAGCAUCAAGUCCAAGUGAUCCCUGCUGCCACCACUGCUACAGCUCAAGUGGUCCCACAGAAACUGAUACAACAGCAAGUUGUCACAACAGCAUCCCCACAGAUGCAGGCUCCAGGUGUACAGAACCAAGCCCAGGCAUCAGCAUCAUCUGACAGCCAAACUCAGCAAGCAAAAGUACAGAUGAGAGCCCCUGUCAGGCUAAAAGCCCCCAGCAAGCCCAGUUGAGCCCAUAACAUGACAGCUGUGAUCAAAGAAGGGAGGGGAACACAGCUUUUGAAAAAAAGAUUUUCUACAAUAUGGGGCACAGUGCCUGCAAGAAUCCAUCUCUUCUGAAUGGCUACAGAUGUUCUGUCUUGCAGGAAUAGUAUAAAUCGCUAUUACAGUCAUAGACCAGCACAAGCUGUCUUGCAGGAAAAUCUCAGAUGGUAAAUAAUUAAUUCCAAAUAAAGUUCUAAGAAUGGUAUUGAGCCAUAUAUAAUGUAAAUAUUUAAAACUAGAUCCCUGUGUGUUUUCACAGAGACCAAGCAAUGUGGUUGCUUUUAAACAUCAGUAGAAAUUUGUCCACACAUUAUGUCAAAUCAUAAUCACUGCCAGAAGGAAAUCUAAUUCGAGUGGGGGGCAUAAAGAAUGUCUUUCAAAGACAGUGCCCCUUUGGUGGCUGACAAAACAGAGUCCUCUCCCCUUGCUUAGGUGAGUUGUCACAAACCCAAGGUGGAAGAAGAGGCUUGUAGGACGUAAUCCCUGCAACAUUUAGCCAAUAAAUGUCAAGAUUUUUAAGUGUCUAUAAUUAUGAACCAUAUUUCAGCCUCCAUUUUUGUAAGUCUUUUUUUAAAAAAAAACAAACAUUUGCUAAUAGCAUGUUGUUGGUGUGUGUUUUUUUUGUUUUGUUUUUUGAUGUACAGUUUUUUAAGUACCCAUCCUUACGUUUUUGCUCCCAUUUUUCACUGUUAAGGUAAUUAAUAUCUGAAGCAUGUGGUUUUCUUGGUAAAUAAAUACUAUGUGAUAAUAGCUGUGUUUAACUGUUACCAUCCCUGCUACCUUAAUUUGUGAAAGGAAAUGUUUUAUUAUGAUUGCUGAGCAAAAUAGUUUGUUGUCCUUGUUUCACAUGGAGCUUCCACUCUGGAAGUAUGUAGAAUUUCUACUCUUGCAAUCCAUUUCAACGUGUAAUUUACUCUUCUGCUCAACUGGAAGAAAGAAUGGAACGUUUCAAUCUAAUUUUACAAUUGUGUAAAGAAACAGAUUAAAUUUUGUACUGCUUUAUUAAAGAUAAAUGUACCCCUGAUAAUUGAUGAUUUUGGAAGUUUACUCUCCCUUACUGUAUUUGAAUUGCAAAGCAACCAAGAAGCAUUUUUAGAACAGCAGCUCCCCCUGCCCUUUAGAUUUUGGUAAAUAGUUGGUUGUUUUAACUGUUAAAAGCGGCUUGGUAUGCCAUAAGAACCAUGGAAAUUGAAAAAACAGAAAGAAGUUGUCAGUGGCCGUUGUCCACAAAAUGUAUACACAUAUAUGUAAUGGAAUUGUGAGCACAGCUGGGGACAUCUUCGGCUAUUUUUAUCAGUCUGGAGAAUAAAUAAUUCUUUUUUAAAAAAUUACAGAUUUUUCAGUUUCCAGAUUUGCUUCAGAAAAAUAUCUAAAGGCCAAGGUUACAUUAGGUGUCCAUAUCCAUUUCUUGUCAAUUUUGGCCAGUUAUCAGUCCAUAGAUUAUUGAUCUUAGAACUGUUUGGUGUCCAGAAGAGCUUAGACAAGGAACUAGAUAUUUUGGCUAGUCUGAAUGUGCAGAACUCCCAACUUCUUCCCCCUGUUUUACUUAAGUUUUACUCUUGUUGCAACAUACUAAUUUUUUAGAGACUCCAUAUUUAACAGAUGUUGUGUGCUUGCUUUAAAAACAAAAACAAAUUACCUCUCCAUGAAGGAGGUGGCGAUAGACCAGAAAGUCCCCCCCACACACACACACACACUGCUAGUAUAUGGACAGCAAAAUAAACUGCACAGUAAACACUACAGCAACAUGUUGAAUCAUUCCCUUCAGGAAUUUCUCCAGAGUUAGCCUCCUCGGAAUUGGAGUGUGACUUAUGCAUGAAGUGGUUCUUGGGAGAAUCAUUAUACCCAUCCUUUUGCCCCUUAAAAUCUAGUUUUUCUUCUAACAAAGUUUUUAGCCUUUGUUUACAAAUACAGUGGGAUGUAAAUAUACAAAAUGCAAGUAAGAAUACACUUCACAGUCCCAGUGUUCUUAUGAUUAUGUCCACUCAAACAGUAUUUCUUUCCAUAGACAGUGAAGGUGAAAAUGAGAUUUCCCCUACCUUUCUGUCUCUUCUUUCUUCUCUCUUUGAAAGUGUACUAGGAAGCUGGUCAAACUUGUAAACAUCCUUAGGAACAUUAAAAACAUUUGUACUUGACCUGUAGGAUUGUCAGGACAUGUGGUGUAUCCUACUUGAAGAUAUAAUAAAGUGUACAUUU